AUGUUCAAGGCGCGCUUGAGUGUUGUAUGUGGUCGCGUGCAACCUCGUCUGGCAAAACCGUCGGUCGCCGCCGCACGAACGUUUACUUCGUCCGCACCACGGAGUAAACAACGUCUGGUCAUAUUAGGUUCGGGCUGGGGAGGUUAUGAGAUUUUAAGAGCCAUCGAUAAGAAGCGUUGGAAUGUCACGAUGGUUUCGCCAACCAAUGCUUUCAAUUUUACGCCUUUGCUUGCCAGCUGUGCUGUUGGUACCCUCGAAUUUCGCUGUGCGGUCGAACCGGUACGGAGGUUUUCUCCACAAGUAGCUUGUUACCAGGCCUGGUGUGAUACAAUCGACUUCAAGCAAAAGACCCUGAAAUGCAUGCCUGCUACGGCUCCUUUGCAAUUUGAAGGAUCUGCGUCUGCUCCUCUUGCAGAGACAACCACAAAAGAGACUUCGUCCCAGUCGGGUACGGGUAAUGCGUUCAAAUUACGUUAUGACAAGUUAGUGAUAGCCGUCGGUGCUUACUCGCAGACGUUCAACGUACCUGGCGUCAAGGAGCACGCACAUUUCCUCAAAGACGUGCGAGAUGCUCGAGCAAUUAGGACGCGCAUAAUAGAUUGUUUCGAGCAGGCCAAUCAACCUACCCUCUCUGACGUCCAACGCCGAAACUUGCUCAAUUUCUGCAUUGUCGGUGGUGGACCCACGGGUGUCGAAUUCUCAGCAGAGUUGCACGAUUUGCUGCAUGCUGAGAUUGAGAAACACUAUCCGUCACUCGCGCGCAUGGCUAAAAUCACACUCUACGAUGUGGCGCCAAACAUCCUCGGCAAUUUUGACAAGUCUCUGGGAGUCUAUGCCGAAAACAAGUUCCGGAGAGAUGGUAUUAGUAUCAAAACAAGACACCAUGUGGAGCGUGUUGAGAAGGAUCGCAUGUUCGUUAAAGAACAAGGAGAAGUUCCAUUUGGUCUCCUUGUUUGGAGUACUGGGUUGGCCCCUAAUCCGCUUAUCCAGUCGAUUGAUUCUCUUGAGAAACAUGAUAAGACACAAAGUCUUUUCACUGACCAAAACCUUAACGUUAUUACAAAGGAAGGCCACGCAGAUCCAGAUGUUUGGGCUAUUGGCGAUGCUGCGAACAUCAAAGGACAGCUCCACCCCGCCACUGCACAAGUCGCGAAUCAGAAAGGCAGAUACCUGGCGCAGAAGCUUAACAAAAUUGUCAAAGAUCAGGAGCACACAAAGCCCUUUGAAUUCCAAAACCAGGGGAGCUUGGCUUACCUAGGGGACUGGAAAGCAAUCUAUGAUCGGUCUAGCGCUGAUACUGUCAAGACUAAGGAGACCGGACGUGUAGCGUGGCUUCUAUGGCGUUCGGCGUAUUUCACGAUGACUCUUAGUAUCAGGAACAAGAUUCUGGUGCCUACAUAUUGGUUCCUAAAUUGGAUUUUCGGCCGCGAUCUGACGCGCUUCUGA